AUGGAUUGCAAUGGAGUUCGCAAUAGAAUUAAUGGCAUCAUACAGUACGCCCAUGAACACCACAUUGAUGUGAUAGUGCUACAAGAAACACUGGUGGGUGAUGACUUCAACCCAAGAUUCAUAGGUUAUCAGAAGUUCUCCCUUCCAGCUGGGGAAAGAAAACGGGGCCUCACUACCUUUGACCAGCGCGAGGUGAGAAAGGACCAGCGGGAGGUGAGGCAGGACCAGCGCGAGGAGAGGCAGGCCCAGCGCGAGGAGUGGCUGGACCAGCGGGAGGUGAGGCAGGACCAGCGCGAGGAGAGGCAGGCCCAGCGCGAGGUGAGGCAGCACCAGCGCGAGGUGAGGCAGCACCAGCGCGAGGUGAGGCAGGACCAGCGCGAGGUGAGGCAGGAUCAGCGCGAGGUGAGGCAGGACCAGCGCGAGGUGAGGCAGGACCAGCGCGAGGUGAGGCAGGACCAGCGCGAGGUGAGGCAGGACCAGCACGAGGUGAGAAAGGACCAGCGGGAGGUGAGGCAGGACCAGCGCGAGGAGAGGAAGGCCCAGCGCGAGGAGUGGCUGGACCAGCGGGAGGUGAGGCAGGACCAGCGCGAGGAGAGGCAGGCCCAGCGCGAGGUGAGGCAGCACCAGCGCGAGGUGAGGCAGCACCAGCGCGAGGUGAGGCAGGACCAGCGCGAGGUGAGGCAGGACCAGCGCGAGGUGAGGCAGGACCAGCGCGAGGUGAGGCAGGACCAGCGCGAGGUGAGGCAGGACCAGCGCGAGGUGAGGCAGGACCAGCACGAGGUGAGAAAGGACCAGCGGGAGGAGAGGAAGGCCCAGCGCGAGGAGUGGCUGGACCAGCGGGAGGUGAGGCAGGACCAGCGCGAGGAGAGGCAGGCCCAGCGCGAGGUGAGGCAGCACCAGCGCGAGGUGAGGCAGCACCAGAGCGAGGUGAGGCAGCACCAGCGCGAGGUGAGGCAGGACCAGCGCGAGGACCAGCGCGAGGUGAGGCAGGACCAGCGCGAGGUGAGGCAGGACCAGCGCGAGGUGAGGCAGGACCAGCGCGAGGUGAGGCAGGACCAGCGCGAGGUGAGGCAGGACCAGCGCGAGGUGAGGCAGGACCAGCGCGAGGUGAGGCAGCAGGACCAGCACGAGGUGAGAAAGGACCAGCGGGAGGUGAGGCAGGACCAGCGCGAGGAGAGGAAGGCCCAGCGCGAGGAGAGGCAGGCCCAGCGCGAGGAGUGGCUGGACCAGCGGGAGGUGAGGCAGGACCAGCGCGAGGAGAGGCAGGCCCAGCGCGAGGUGAGGCAGCACCAGCGCGAGGUGAGGCAGAGCGAGGUGAGGCAGCACCAGCGCGAGGUGAGGCAGGACCGGCACAAGGUGAGGCAGGACCAGCGUGAGGAGAAGAAGGACCAGCGCGAGGUGAGACAGGACCAGAGCGAUGUGAGGCAGGACAGACGCGAGGUGAGGCAUGACCAGUGCGAGGUGAGGCAGGACCAGCGCGAGGUGAGGCCGGAGCAGCGCGAGGUGAGGCAGGACCAGCGCGAGGUGAGGCAGGACCAGCGCGAGGUGAGGCAGGAGCAGCGCGAGGUGAGGCAGGACCAGCGCGAGGUGAGGCAGGACCAGCGCGAUGUGAGGCAGGACAGACGCGAGGUGAGGCAGGAGCAGCGCGAGGUGAGGCAGGAGCAGCGCGAGGUGAGGCAGGACCAGCGCGAG